AUGCAGCAACCAUCGAGUUCUGGGAAUCAAGAGCAGCACUUGCGCGCACAACUGGAGCUCCUGCAGAGUCACGACGCCGAAACUUCGACAGCUUCAGGCUCGUGCGACUCGAGAAGCGCUCUUUCGCACUCUCCGCCGGCGCGAACGGCGAAUGGAUACGAGGAGUUGGCUGCUGCCUCACACGAAGCUGCUCGCGCCUUGAGCAAGACUCAAGCCGAGUCGCAUAUCCACCCAGAUCUCCGAGCUACUCCAGGCCACCCAUCCAACAUGAUGCCCAUGGGGCCUCCUUCUGGACAUAGCCCUGGUGGCAGUCCAUCUGGUCCCCCCAAUACUUCCAUAGCCCCAGCACCGUCGUCAUCGGCUCCCGAACCUGGCGCUGCUGGUGACGGAAGAAGGGCAAAGCGUGAGCUUUCUCAGUCGAAGCGUGCGGCGCAAAACAGAGCUGCGCAGCGAGCAUUCAGGCAGCGCAAGGAGGGCUAUAUCAAGAAGCUCGAGCAGCAGGUGCGAGAUUACGCCGAGAUGGAGCAAACGUACAAAGCUGUGCAGGCCGAGAACUACGCCCUGCGUGAGUAUGUUAUCCAUCUUCAGUCGAGGCUCAUUGAUACUCAAGGAGAGUAUCCGCCUCCGCCGCCCAAUGUGAAUCUUUCUCAGUCCUCCGCCGCCCAGCCUCCUCCUGCGAGUGCACCAGAGCAAGCGCCAAACCCUGGAGUUGGAACGCCGCUUGAAGCUGUUGCCCAGGCCGUAGCUGGUCUUGCAGCCCAGGAGCAAUUGGCUGAAUCCCAAGGGCAAUACCCCAGCCCCGAAUAUAAGCCUGAGCCACGCGAUGAGGAUAGUCGCACAGUCGACGAAAUCAACAGACAACUUCACCAACAAAGCGAAGAAAACUCCGGUCGAUCGGCAGAUGUGUAG